UGACGCGGUGGCUUUAAAUGGGAAAACCCUGCAUGCAGCUGAGGGAGUCUCCUUUAAUAAAUCUGGAUGGUGACAGGCUGGUCCACUGCUGCCGGAGCCGGGCACCGAGCCUCCCACCCCCGCCUGUGUGUCCAGCACCGAGAGGGACGACUCUGCACGGACCAAAGAUGAACACUCCAUCCAACAUGACCCACGCCGCGCCACAGGACCAGCGCUUUUUGGUGUUGUUUGACUUUGAUGAGACCAUCAUCAAUGUGAGCAGCGAUGACGCUGUGGUGUGUGCUCUGCCGGGCCAGCGUCUCCCAGACUGGCUGAAAAACUGCUUCAGGGAGGGGCACUACAAUGAGCACAUGCAGAAGGUCCUGGCCUACAUGGCAGAGCAGGGUGUGUCCGAGGACGGCAUUCGUUCGGUGCUGGAGAAGAUCCCACCAACGCCCGGCCUCCUCAAUCUCUUCCAGUAUCUGCAGAGCAACCAGCAGGACUUUGAGCUAGUGGUGGUCUCCGACGCCAACAUGUACUUCAUCGAGACGUGGCUGGAGCAUGCCGGGGUGCGUCCCCUUUUCCGGAAGGUCUUCACAAACCCGGCUAGUUUUGACGCAGCCGGCCAGCUCGUGCUGCUCCCUUUCCACUCCCACUCAUGCUCCCGUUGUCCUGACAACAUGUGCAAGCAGGUGAUCGUGCAGGAGUAUCUGGCGCACCGGCAAAAGGAGCGUGGUGGUGAACCCUACCAGAAGGUGUUCUAUAUUGGUGACGGGGCCAAUGACAUCUGUCCCUCUAUGGCUCUGGGGCCCAGGGACACAGCAUUCCCCAGGAGGGACUUCCCCAUGCACAGGCUGCUGCUUGGGAUGCAGCAGUCGCAGGCCGCCAAGUUCAAGGCAAACGUUCUUCCCUGGGCCAGUGGUGAGGACAUAGUGGACUACCUGAAGAAGAUAGUGAAGGAGAGACGGGAUGUGUGUGUGUAAAAGAGAGGGUGAAAGAGGGGGGGGCAGAUAUAGUAAAGGUGCUGGUGAGCUUCAGCAUAUGCAUGAUUUUACCUCAGCCACACUUGGUACAACUUUCUAAAGUUGUAGCCUUUCAGUGUGAAUCUAUUUGAAUGUAAUGUUUUAGAGGAGUAGUUUGAGAUUUUAGAAAAUAUGCCUUUUCUCUUUCCUUCUGAGAGCUUGAUGAGCAGAUCAAGUUCACACUCAGUAACUGAUACCAGCAGCCGGUUAGCUUAGCAUAGCACAAAGACUCAAGCUCAUUAAAGUCAUUUUGGAAAUUUCUGAAUUCUCUUGCCUUUCCCUUAUGAUGAGGGCUGCAGCAGAUUCUGCUGUUCUGACAUAACCCUAACAGGCAAGAGCAUGCAGGAGGCUGGACACGAAUUCCCUUGUAGAAUCUUGUCUUUGUUUACAGCACGUUGUCUGCCCUUCAUCAUCAAAAGCAUCUUGAAUCUUGUUGUCUUUCCAAGUCGACAUCUUUGUCGGUGUCUUCUACACACCUCUUCUCCAUCUUAAGUUAUUUGUAGUCUUUUGGUUCUUUUCAGUUUCAAGUGCGGCACAUUUUCUCAGCCCACUGGAAAUUUCACUCGGGGGGGAGGUGCAGGAAAAGUUCUGGAAAAUGUCUGAAGCAUCUGACAUUUUCGUUCUCACAUAAAGCUCCCCCAGAAACUUUCCAGAAUCCACUGUAUGUCUGAGAGGAUUUAAAUUCACACGACAGACACAUCUCUACCGGACUCGAGAAGUACGGCACAUAAACCCCCUCCACUGUUUCCAGUGUUAAUGCUAAGCUAACCAGCAGCAUCAUGUAACUCUGCAAGAAAAAGAUUUAGCAUAUUUCCAAAAUAUGUUAGCGUAUAGAACACAUCUUAAUUAUAUGGGUAUUAAGUGUUUGGUAGAAGUAAGUGCAGAAACACAACUCGUACUGUAAUGCAAAUAAAUGAGAUGAGUGGUUGAGAUGAUUGAUCACAAUGCUGAAGGUCUUCUUCAACUAAAUUGCAAAGUGAACUAAAUCCAGCGCAGUCUGCUCUUUAAACACACCACCUCCUUUGAUGUGAAUGUUAUACACUUCGCAUUUGAACACCUCACUGUGUCUGACAUUAAGCUGUGGAGGUCCAAGAUCACGUGCACCGAACAAGCGCGUGGAGAACAACUUCCAAAGUGGAGGUUCUCCGUGUCGACAGGCUCCUUUUCUAAACACUUGACACUUCGUCCAAGGCCUCGACGACGGACACAUGAGUGGGAUCAAGUGUUAUAGCGGGACAAAGACCAUGAUUGUUGUGUCAGGCGGGUAUAAGGAUGGCGUAGAGCGGGGAUAAGGUGACAGAGACUCGGGCAACACUACCUGUACCUGCACCCAGCCAGUGCUGAUACCUAAUCUAGGGCUUGAUUAUACAGCAGUAAUCUACACCAGCAUGAGAUCCAAAGGGAAUGCUGUCACUGUACUGUACGCCUGCACUUUGUCCCCACUAUGAUACUCUCUGAAUCUGGAACAAUGAAAGAAAGAAUCAUGCAAAGAACCAAUUGAUAAUAUAUAAUUUAAUUUUGGUUUGUGAAGCCAUUAAUUAGCACACACUGUUCUUGUAUCCUUUUGAAACAGUGAGUAUGAGUAUUGACAAAAGGUUGUAUGCAUUGGGGAGGAUUUAAAUGAUCUAAAAAGUACUUUAUCUUCUUUAUGUUUGAAUCUUUUCACAGUUAAAUUAGAGUUUUAUGAGAGAAAGGUAUAUAUAUAGAAUAUUUGCAUCAUAAACCCAACAUAUAACCUCAAUGAAACUCACAACAGGGACUGAGAAUUGUAUUUUAAAAUAUGAAAAUAGAGCAGUUGUAUUCACUGAGUCUGUUUUUAGCAUUUUAUUAUUCUGUUCAAAUUCAGGGAUUAGUGGAGUAUUGUAUUGCUGGUGCUGUUUUCAUUUUUCCAUCACAUUUAAAAUUUAGAAGGUCACUCAGAUGGCACAUACCUCCGCCAAGUUCCAACAGUCCCCCUUAAAUCCCCUAGAUCCAGAUUUUUAUUUGCACACACUUGUAGAUAUUAGUCCCGUAUACAUGGCUGUUUUAGUUUUUUUGUCAAGCUCCAUGAAUUAUUCUCUGAUAAAUCUGUUGCAAAACUUCCAAUGUUAAAGAAAGUGACAACAUUUUAUGGUUUAACCAUACUGUUCCACCAAGUUUCAUGGUAAUCUGUCCAGUAACGUUUGUGAAAGAGACAAACAACAAAUGAAAAUGAAACCGUAACCUUCAUGGCAGAGAUAAGCGAUCUAAAUUCCUAGACUAGUCGGGGCAUGUAUACUCUACAUUCUAUUCUAUCUAUUUAGAGUUAUUAUCUCUGUUAAUACACAAAUAAGGAAUCAAUCACUGACAAUGACUUACGGCCAGACGUAGAAAUAAUCGUAUAUAUCUAUGUAUAUCUCUGUCAAGCCAUUACAAUCAACAAUAAGAAACAUUAAGCCUUGAAAAACAACAUUAUAUGCAUAAUUGCUAUAAACGUUUCCUUUAACCAGUGUUUUAAUUUCUCAGGGAGUAUUAAAGAAAGUGUUAGCAAGCAAACAGAAUAAUAAUAAUGUAUAUUUAUGGAACUGUCUUUAUUUGCAGCUCUAAGAACAAAGUGCCCGUCCAUGAUUUAAAAAUCAAUGCAGCUGCAGGAGUCUGAGCCUGAAAUUCUCAGAGAUCUGAAUCUGCUGUAAUCCACUCAUUCUCUGCGAUUAGGAGACUAAAGUUCUGUGAGCUUUGCUCCCUCUGAUGCUGGAAUUCCUGAAAAUGUAACACAGGUACUUUAAGUUAAUUAUCUGUGAACUGGUGAGACUUCCACAGAGUUUCGUGCAAUAAUUAAAUGCUGUGUACUUGAUAUGAUGUGAAAGAGAUUUAACAGAAAGAAAAAUGUCACAUUUGACAUUUUCAGGGAUUUGAAAUGACCCCACAUAACCAAACUGUUUUACAAUAAAAAUUUAAAAUAACAACCAAAUUAAAGUAGGACGUGUUGUGACAGUAGGUCUGAUUAUUAUGCUAUAUUUAGCUUUUCUUUUCGUGGUUUGCUGUUUCUUUGGGUUUUUUUAAUCAAGACUUGAGUAUGUGUGUAAUGCAUCAUUGUAUCAGGAAUAUAAAGCCAUUAUCUGAUUCAU